AUCCAUCCCUAAGGUUGAUGGACAGUUAAAGUAAAACUGAGGAGGUUCUACCUAUCCAGCAAUGGCCAAGUCAAAGAAUCACACAAAUCAUAACCAAAAUCGCAAAGCUCACCGUAAUGGAAUAAAAAAACCAAAACAGUUUCGCCAUGAAUCAACCUUAGGGAUGGAUGCCAAAUUCUUAAAAAACCAAAGGUUCUCUAAGAGGCACAUAACUUAA